UUCUGUUCCCUCGUAAUACUAAUUUGUACCAUGCAAAACCAGGCUUCAUGAUCUUCUCACUUCUAAAGAGAUUGCCUUCAUUUUCUCCGCCAUUUGUCAACGUUUUUCCUUCACCAUCGAAGAGACUCUUGCCGUUAGCUCAGCAGCUGCGUCAUUACAAGCCUCCAUCUUCGUCCUGGGAUGACAACGACGAGCGGACCAUCGAGGAAACCGCCGACAAAGUUGUUUCACAAGUGGGUUUUCAAGAAUCCUCUACCCGAGUCACUCAAAACUCGGAUAAGUUCAGAUCCAAAAGAGCUGCUGUGUUGGUCUGUCUCUUUGAAGGGGAUGCUGGGGAUUUGCGUGUCAUAUUGACCAAAAGGUCUUCCAGAUUAUCAAGUCAUUCGGGGGAAGUUUCAUUGCCUGGUGGGAAAUCAGAUGUGGGGGACAAAGAUGAUGGUGAUACAGCUACUAGGGAGGCUAAAGAAGAGAUUGGGUUGGACCCUUCCCUUGUGAAUGUGAUAACUGUUCUUGAACCAUUUCUGUCUAAGCAUCUUUUAAGAGUAGUUCCUGUUAUUGGCAUUCUUCAUGACAGAAAGGCAUUUAAGCCUACUCCGAAUCCUGCAGAAGUCGAUGUGGUAUUCGAUGCUCCACUCGAAAUGUUCAUUAAGGUUCCUCUGUUCAACUCCGACUCGUAUACCUUCUUCACUUCUUCGAUUACGAAAUUAAGAAUAAGAGGUAUUUAAUAUGGGGUUUAACUGCUGGUAUUUUGAUUAGAGCUGCUUCGGUGGUCUACCGGCGACCACCAGCUUUCCUAGAACAGAGUCCCAA